CAAACCCGGAACCAAGUUGACAGCUCCAGUUCCCGAGAGCAUCCUUUUCAACUUGUAGAAACAAAUGUUUUUCGGUGGUGAUGAAUAUGCCACAAAAACGAACCUUUUAUUAUUGUAAAUCGAUUUUUUUGGUGCAAAAUUGGGGCGAGUUAGCUCGCCAGUGGGAGAGCCAUUCAUUACAUCAAGCUAGCCACUUCCUUGUAAUGCAAGAGUCAGAGGAUUAAAUCAAACACUGCUGUCAAGAUAACGUUUAUCCUUUCAUGUCAUAGCAGUCAACUAGCUAGGUAGCUAGCCUGCCAGCAAAAUGAGGGUACGUUCGUCAGUUUUUGCCUCGUUUUGUCUCAUACUCGAAGUAUUAAGCGUAGCCUUGUUUCUUAGGGGAUUUUUCCCAGUCCCUGUCAAAUCAUCUUUUUCAUCGAAAAGCAAGCUGUCAGAUCUUCCGGCUGAACCAUUCACAGGGAGCUCCCCAAACUUGUCCAAGGUCCCAGACCCCCUUUUUAAGAGAGUGGUGAUAGUGUUGAUUGAUGCACUCAGGGAGGACUUUGUGUUUGGUCCCAAUGGGAGAAAGUACAUGCCAUACACAAGGCACCUAGUGGAGAGGGGCUCCACACACAGCUUUGUGGCCAAGGCAAGACCUCCUACAGUUACAAUGCCCAGAAUCAAGGCCCUGACCACAGGCAGUAUCCCAGGUUUCAUCGACGUGGUGAUGAACCUGAACUCCCCCGCACUGCUGGAGGACAACCUCAUCUGGCAGGCCAAGACGGCGGGCAAGCGGAUGGUGUUCUAUGGGGACGACACCUGGGUGAAGCUCUUUCCCAAGCACUUCAUGGAGUAUGACGGCACCACCUCUUUCUUUGUGUCCGACUACACUGAGGUUGACAACAACGUGACUCGUCACCUCGACAGCACGCUGAAGAGAGACGACUGGGACAUUCUGAUCCUGCACUACCUGGGCCUGGACCACAUCGGACACAUCAGUGGACCCCACAGCUCCCUCAUCCAACCCAAACUAAUGGAGAUGGACGACAUCCUCAAGAAGAUUCAUGGCUCCCUCAUCUUAAAGGAGACAGAGGGUGCACUACCCUACCUGCUGGUGCUGUGUGGCGACCACGGGAUGUCCGAGACGGGCAGCCACGGGGGCUCGUCUGCGCAUGAGGUCAACACCCCCCUGGUGCUCAUCAGCCCUGCCUUCAAGAGGAAAGUGGGGAUGGAGAAGCCGCCAACAGUAGAGCAGGUGGACCUGACCCCAACCCUGGCCCUUGGUCUGGGCCUGCCCAUCUCCCAGAACAGCGUGGGCCGACUCAUCCAGCCCGUGGUGGAAGAAGCCUCGCUCAGGGACCAGCUACGCUUCCUGCACCUCAACGGCCACCAGCUGAGCUGCCUGCUGAAGGACAGCAUGCCAGCCUAUGAGAAAGAGGAGGGCUACGAGCAGUUCCGCGUGGCGGAGAAGUCCCAUGGUAACUGGUUGAAGCUGGUGGUGGAGGGCAACACGUCAGAGGUGCUGAACAACAUGGGGAAGAAGGUGCUCAAGCAGUACCUGGAGGCCCUCAGGGUCAUGAGCGCAGCCCUCAGCAAGCAGAUGGGCAAAUAUGACAUGUAUUCCAUGGUGGUGGGCGUGGUCCUCGUCUUCCAGUUCCUUCUCCUCCUGCUGCUGGCCAUGCCCGAGGCACUGAGCGGCGCGUCAGAGGUGGAUCUCCCUGUGUCCUCGGCUCUGCUUUCGCUGCCCUUCUACCUGCUGUGUCUGCUCCUCUUCUCCGUGCACAUGCUGGUGUGCACGUCGGCUGAGAGUGCCUGCUACUUCUGCAGCCUCCCCUGGGGCCUGGUGUUCGGGGCAGUGGCCCUCUCCUCUGCCCUGCUCUGCAUUCUGGUAUCCAUGGCAGCCAGGAAGGGAGCAAAGCCCCCUGGUAAGUCUCCAUCCCGUGCCAGCGGCGGUGGGUGGUCGCUGUCGGAACUUGACAUUCUGCUCCUGGCUGGCACAGCUGGCCACACCCUUAGCCUGUCGGCCAGCAGCUUCGUGGAGGAGGAGCACCAGGUCUGGUACUUCCUGCUCAACACCCUCUGUCUGGUCGUCUUCCAGGACGUCUGUCGCAAGUACUUCCGGGAGCACAGUGCCAACAUUGGCGUCAUAGGGUGUUCGGAGGACGAAGACUGCCUCCCUCCUUCCAAAGAGGGGGAUGCGGUAGCCUCACCGCUGACUGAUUUGGGGGUGACAGGCGCAGAUUCAGAGAGGUGGCUGGCCCUGGCAACACCGCUGCUUACCCUGGCAUGUUGCCGUCUGCUGCGCUCGCUCAACCAGACCGGGGUGCAGUGGGUUCAUCUGCCUGACCUGGGACACUGGCUCAACAGAUUUUGGCACUACAUACAACCGGCCUUACAACCACAGACCACGUGUAACCACACCAGCUCAGGAUCCCCACAUCCGGCUUCUUCACCUGCGGGAUUGUCUGAAGGGGCUGAGAGGAGUAUUUCUCUCAGAACACAAGACGGUGCUGUCCUUGUUGGCCGCCAUGUCAUUGGCUCUUAUCUACUUCCUGGUCCAGCGGCGAUGUUCCUGGGUCUCCAAGAUUGCCCUGGCCCUCGGCCUUCUGGGUGUCUACAGCUACCGGGCGGCUGUGGGCAACGUUGUGUUACCAUGGCAACACUCCGGUGGAAACAUGUCCAAGGGGACGAUGAAGGCACGCUUCGUGUACGUCUUCAUCCUGGGCAUCUUCUUCACGGGCUCCAAGGACCUGCUGAGGUCCCAGGUCAUCACAGCCGACGCCCGACUGAAGAGCAGGGGAUUGUGGGAAAUCUACAGUGGUGUGGUUCUGUUGGUGGCCCUGUUGUUCCGGGCACACAACCUGCCGGUGCUAUGCUGCUGCCUGCUGGUCCAGUCCCUGAUGGCCCAGUUCAUCUGGAAGAAGCUCCACUACGACGCUGCCCAGACCACCAUCAUGCACUACUGGUUCGGACAGGCCUUCUUCUACUUCCAGUUCAACAUUUACCUGCUCUGUCACAGUCUACCAUUGAAAACCGUGGAGGCUACACAGGGGAACUCCAACAGCAUAGCCACUGUGGACAUCUCGGUUGGCUUUGUGGGACUGGAGAGCUACGUAGAAGCUCCGGCUGUCUUCCUCACCGCCCUCAGCACAUACGCCGGGCCCCUGCUCUGGGCUUCCCACCUCAUCUGCUACCUCAGCUCCGAAAACAGGAGCUCAGUGGCGGUCGGCCAUGGCUGCUACUGCUUGGCCCUGCUGCGCUCCGUGCCGGCGGCAGCCUACGUGGUACUGGUCACGGCUCUGCGCUACCACCUCUUCAUCUGGAGCGUCUUCUCGCCCAAGCUGCUGUAUGAGUCCAUGCACACACUGCUCACCGCCGCAAUUUGCCUCUUCUUCACCACCAUGGAGCAGAGCGGCAGCUCCAGCAGGCCCUAGAGUCCCCACAUCUCCGAGUACUCUCAGCUUCCAGGAAAAGGGGUUAAGGAGAAGGGCCAAAGGACAAAUACUAUGAUAAUGGGUGGUCCUGAUACUGUCGUCGUUGACUUCUGGAUGCCCUACUACACCCCGGAGGUAUGAAUGUAGGUGUGAAUGUACUGUCCCACUGCACUGGAGUUCUGGGACAGCGGCAUUCACCUUUUGGAAAGCAAUAUAUUUUAUCUAUGGUAUCAAACAAAACUUAUUUAGUAAGAUUAUUAUUUUGAUGUGUUGGUUGGUUCUACUGAAGUCUGUUGUGGUGUUUAUUGAGCAGAGCUGAACAUGAAAGGUAACUUAAUGAAUUAUUUCAUUUGAAUGUGUCGAAAGCGCAAUCGUGAAGGUAUACUGUAAGUCCCUUGAAAUUGGAUUUGUAUUCAUUUUUCUUUCUGUGUUAUUGUUUGUUUUGUUUCCGUAGACGAGUAAGUGCUUCUAUUGACCACCGUUUCUCUGUAGUGCUUUAUGCCAGUUGCAUUAUACUGUGUUUCCUCCAUGCGCUUUAAUCAAUACAGUGACCACAUUAUCAGCACAGGGACUUUGUCGAUAUGCUUUCCAACCGGGCUGUAUUUUCCAUCUCUUCAAUGAACUAACUGAGUUGAAUGGAUUCCCUUUGUAGUUGAUAUAGAUCUGCUCCAAGCUAAUAACAAGCCAUACUUUCCUCCCACUUUACUUUCAGGUAUAUAUGUAUAUAUCUUCUUCUUCUUUUUUUUUUACUCUCGGGGAAUAUAUUGAAAUUCAGUCAAAUCUCUGUUAAUACAGUGGAUUUUUACUAAUAUUCAGAUGAGAAUUGAUUCUGGGUGAAUGCUGUUAAUCAAAAGAUAAUUUAGAUUUAGCCGCUGUGUGGGGAUAAAGGUUCAUUGUUGUUGGGUAAGGUGAUAUACAUUUUCCAUCUUUUGAUAAAUAAAUUGUGUCCGAGGCAAUAUUUCACUUAUAUUUCUGUAUUGCUCAUUUGAUUUCUAAUGUUAAAAAAGGGUUAUGUAACGCCAAUCGACAAUUUGAUUUCUUACCGACUUCUGCCAGACUUGUGAAACCUAAUCAGAGGCAAUUGGGAGGCGUUGCCCUGACACACUAAUUCAAUUUUAAAUUGAAAUACAAUUAAAGUGUUGUUUUUUUAUACAUUUCUGAAGAUAUCGCCUAGGAAAAUCUUGUGAAUACUGAAUGUAUAAAAUGGUUAGUUCCAGUCACACAAUCUGUUUGGAUAACUUGCGAAGAACUUGAACGGAGAUCCAUAUUCUGAUAAAAGGCUCUCCAUGUACAAUAAUAACAUUACUGUAGCUGUUUGCAAGUCUGGUAAAUAAGCAUAUGAGAUUGCAGCAAAUCAUACAACUUUAUACAUAUAACCUUAGAUAUGUGAUUGUCGUGUAUUACUUAUCAAUUCCCAACUAUUCAUGUGUUAAUUAAGAUAAUGUUGAUUUUGUUUUUUUGUGCAAAUAUUUUGUUACAGUACCAGUCACAAGUUUGGACACACUUACUCGUUCAAGGGUUUUUCUUUAUUUUUAUUAUUUUCUACGAAACUAUGAAAUAACAAAUAUGGAAUCAUGUAAUAACUAAAAAAAGUGUUAAACAAAUCGAAAUAUAUUUUGUAUUCUUCAAAGUAUCCACCCUUUGCAUUGUUGACAGCUUUGCACACUCUUGGCAUUAUCUCAACCAGCUUCACCUGGUAUGCUUUUCCAACCGUCUUGGAGCAGUUCCCACGUAUGCUGAGCACUUGUUGGCUGCUUUUCCUUCACUCUGCGGUCUAACUCAUUCCAAACCACCUCAAUUGAGUUGAGGUCAGGUGAUUGUGGAGGCCAGGUCAUCUGAUGCAGCACUCCAUCACUGUCAUUCUUUGUCAAAUAACCCUUAAACAGCCUGAAGGUGUGUUGGGCCAUUGUGCUGUUGAAAAACAAAUUAUAGUCCCACUAAGCGCAAACCAGAUGGGUUGGCGUAUCGCUGCAGAAUGCUGUGGUAGCAAUGCUGGUUAAGUGUGCCUUGAAUUCUAAAUAAAUCACUGACAGUGUCACCAGCAAAGCCCCCCACACCAUCACAACUUCUCCUCCAUGCUUCACGGUGGGAACCACACAUGCAGAGAUCAUCCGUUCGUGGUUUCUUUGCAACAUUUCGAUUAUGAAGGCCUGAUUCACCCAGUCUCCUCUGAACAGUUGAUGUUGAAAUAUGUCUGUUACUUUAACUCUGUGAAGCAUUUAUUUGGGCUGCAUUUUCUGAGGCUGGUAACUCUAAUGAACUUAUCCUCUGCAGCAGAGAUAACUCUGGGUCUUCCUUUCCUGUGGUGGUCCUCAUGAGAGCCAGUUUCAUCAAUCAUGGUGCUUGAUAGUUUUUGCGACUGCCCUUGAAGAAACUUUCAAAGUUCUUGACAUUUUCGAGAUUAACUGACCAUCAUGCGUAAAACUAAUGAUUGACUGUCGUUUCUCUUUGCUUAUUUGAGCUGUCUUUUACCAAAUAGGGCUAUCUUCUGUAUACCACCCUACCCAACCUUUAACAAUGCACACCUGUUAAUUGAAAAUGCAUUCCAGGUGACUACCUCAUUAAGCUGGUGGAGAGAAUGCCAAGAGUGUGCAAAGCUGUCAUCAAGGCAAAAGGUGGCUAUUUUGAAGAAUGUCAAAUUUAAAAUAUAUUUGUAUUUGUUUGACACUUUUUUGGUUACUUCAUGAUUCCAUGUGUGUUAUUUCAUAGUGUUGAUGUCUUCACUGUUAUUCUACAAUGUAGAAAAUACUCAAAAUAAAGAAAAACCCUUGAAUUA